GACUUGAUCUGCAGAAUUUAUAAUAUCUAUGCUGGCUUGCCUAGUUACCACUUGCCAGGCCAAGAAUUGAAGGAACCAGAUACAGUAGCUGUGGGAGACGGAAAUAACUAAAGCCAAAUACAGUCUACUACUUCAUAAAGGCCUUAUACCUGUGGUUGUCUAGCAAAAAAGAAUGAAGACUUCAUACUACUGCCUCUUGUUUUUGUCUUUGGCCUUGGCAAACACAGUCAUCAGCGAUGAGUAUGAAUGCUCUCAUGAAGAUUUACCUGAAGAAUUUUUCAAAUUAAGCAAGACACACAUUAAAGAUUCAAAUAAGAGGACAAAAAAUGCUGGUGGAAAUGCUGCUUUUAAUCAACCUAUCCGUAUUUUUGUUCAUUACAACUUUACUGCACAUGAUGGAUCAUUAUCUCAGCCAGCGCAAGACAGAGUUAGGGCUAUGAUGACAGCGUUGACAAAAAAUUUUCAGUCAAUUCUUACUGUGAGGAGAAAUCCAGAUCCAAUUCUAAUAAACAGGCAAUGUGAGAAUGAAACUUUGACUGACUCAUCCAAGCCUUGCUUUUAUCAAUGUGCAGAUGAUGCAAGACUCUGUGGUAUCUUUGACACACCAACAGAGCAUUUACAGCGUUGUUUUGAGUGCAAUGGAAAUAAUAACACUUGUACUGAAACCAUCAGAGAUGGAGCCGGCACUGAAGCUGACCUGGUUUUGUAUGUAUAUGGAACUACUCUCUUUUGUAGUAAUGGUACAAUUGCUUAUGCUGGAGCCUGCCAAAUGGAGGAUGAAUAUGACAGGCCAAUAGUAGGUAUUGUUAAUUUCUGUCCAUUAUUUAUUGAAGGUAGCAGUGAUGAUCAGUUUAUUUUUGAUGUUGCAAAACAUGAAAUUUUUCACGUAUUGGGUUUUGGAUCUAACUUAUAUGCAUGGUACAGAGAUGAGAAUGGAAAUCCAAGAACAUCUAGAGAUGCUAAUGGCAAUCCACCAUUUAAUGCUUUUGGUGUUGGCAUACCAGGAGAAAGCACUAUUAAAAUAGUAAACUAUACUGACUGGCAGACAAGAAAUGGGCCAAUAUCCAAAAUAGUUACUCAAUUAGUUACUCCAAAAGUUGUGGAGGUUGGAAAGCGUCAUUUUGGUUGUGACACUCUGGAGGGUGUUCAGUUAGAGGAUCAAGGUGCUGGUGGCACUGUUGGAUCUCAUUGGGAGAAAAGAUUAUUAGAUAAUGAAGCUAUGACUGGUUUUAUCUCAAGUAAUCCUGUAUUCUCAAACUUUAGUUAUGCAUUACUAGAAGAUAGCGGUUGGUACAAAGUUGAUUACAGUAAUGCAAGUAUUCUUGUUUGGGGACGUGGUGAUGGAUGUGGUUAUGCUACUGGAUCCUGUGGAGGAUAUAUCCAAUCAAAAAGAGCACAAAAUGAACCAAUCACUCCUUUCUGUGAUUUUUUAAAUGAUCUUAAUAAUCCUACAAACCUGAGUUGUGAUUCAGACAGGACGGCAGUUGCUUUUUGUAGUCUUAUUAACUUUCCUUUUCAAGUUCCUGUGGAAUAUCAGUAUUUGAAUUCAGGUGCAAAUUUUAACACCUCAUCUAAUCUGGAUUAUAAUUUUAUUGGAGGUCGAGUAUUUGCUGCAGAUUUCUGUCCUUAUUAUAUUAGUAUAGCUACUAGUAGCUCGGAUAAAAGGGGUGUAUGCAAAAGUGGAAACCCAAUAAGUAAUAUAAUAAUAAUUCUUUAAUUAAAUUAUUUAUAAUUACAAUAGCUGGAAAUAAUGAGCUAGCAGAAACAUAUGGUCCUCGAUCACGUUGUGUGGAUCACUCUGGAAACUGGCAAAUUACUAAUGGCUCAAACACAUAUACAGCUCAAUACAGUGCUGGAUGCUAUGAAUACCAAUGCUCAAACAGUAGAGUUACUAUAAUGAUUCUUGGACAGUCAUAUACUUGUAGUAGAGCAGGACAAGUUGUACAAGUUAACCAGACUACAAAUGGCAUCACAUAUCAUGGAGGAAUAGUGUGCCCCUCUUGUGUUGAGAUAUGCUAUGAUGACUUUGAAAAUUGCCCUGAAGCAGCUGAACUAUAUGGAGAGUUUGCUACUACUGCUCCUCCUGCUACUACUGCUCCUCCUGAUGGUGUUGGAAAUCUGCUACCAAUGGCUGGCCUAUUUUUUAUUGCCAUUUUCAUUUCCUUUGCUAUGUAUUAAUUACUAAAACUUUUAUUUGUGUGUAGAGUAGAACUCUAGUUACUAUUUUGUGGAGUGUGCAUGCUACAAUAUAUUUUUAUUGCUUUGAACAUUUUUUUAGUAUUAGCUAUAUAUUGAUUAGUUUUGCUAUUGAUUAGUUCAGUCAUAAACAUUAA